AACAAGUAUGGCUGCGCCCAUAAUCCAGAAUAAAAACAAUGAUAAAAACAAAUUUAAUACGUAAAAAACAUACGCUAAAUGUAUUGUUUAAAGUAAAUGUAGUUGUAAAUAAGCAUAACAAAGGAAUUUAGAAAGAUCUUUUCUUUAGCUGGAUGUCAUGAGCAUUAAACUAGCACCAAGCAAAAGCACGAUUUAUGUGUCAAACCUUCCUUUCUCUUUAACCAACAAUGACAUGCACAAGAUAUUUGAGAAGUAUGGAGCGGUUGGAAAAGUGACCAUUUUGCGAGAUGACAGACACAGAAGUAAGGGUGUUGCGUUUAUUAUGUACGUGGAGAAGGACUCUGCUCAUCAGGCUGUGAAGGCACUCAACAACACAAAGAUGUUUGACCGAACCAUUCGUUGUAGUAUUGCCAAAGACAACGGAAGGACUACCGAGUUUAUUAAGAAGAAGAUUUACAAAGACAAGAGUAAAUGCUAUGAAUGUGGAGAUGAGGGUCAUUUGAGCUACAAUUGUCCAAAAAAUCUUCUUGGAGAUCGUGAGCUUCCGGAAAAGAAGAAGAAGAAAAGAAAAUGGGAUGACGAUGAUGAUGCAGAGCAUGAUGAAGAGCAAAACAGUGACAAUGAAGAAAGUUCUGGUGUCGAUAGUUUAGCAGCUGCCAUACAAUAUGAGCAACAGAAAUCAAGUGAGUUGCUGGGGAGCUGCAGCUACUACGCAACGGCAUGUGAACCCAAGAAGAAGAAAUACAAGAAAGACACGUACUUCAGUGAUGAAGAGGAGCUAGAUGAUGAUUGAUAAUAUCAGAGUUAUUUCCCCAUGAUCAGUGGAGUCUGGGUUAUGCAUUGUGUGGUGUGCCAUUUCCUGGCUUGAUGUUAAGGAUGUGGGCUGGGAGGUCAGAAAGCAGAGGGGGCAAAACAUAACAUGAUGCCAUUUGUUUACAAUUGAAGAAAUAAGUGUAUGAAAGAACAGGCAAUUUGACUUUUUUCAAAAACAAAACAAAAAACAUAUUUAAUGACACUUCAGCACAUUGAAACUAUGACUGUUUGGUGUUUAACAUACGAUUUUAACAACGAGAAGAAAAACUGCUCCUACCACAUAGGUUACUUCUACAGAAAAGCAGCAAUGGAUCUUUUUUAUGCACUUUCUUAAAAACAGAAAGUGUACAGGCUUUGAUGAAGCAGUUGUGGGUACAAGAUAAAUCCCAGGUCAGUUGUGGACACGAAGCGAUUCAUUUACAAAUUCUGCACUUCUGUCUUCGCAUCUGUACCAAAACUGACAGACCCGAUUAUAGCUUUGUUGCAGCGUGGUAAAACUUUAUAAUCAGUGUUAUCUUUAAAAUCAGUUUUAUCUUGUGGUUAAAUUUUUUAUAAUUUACCACUAAAAGAGGAGAAUGGAAUGAGUUAUUGUCCAAAAGUUUGAUGAAAUGAGAUUGGAAGGAAUUUAAAUGAUAAUAAACAAAGGAAUACCUAUCACUUGUUUAGUAUAUAUUUGUAUCACAUAGCAUACACACACACAUUGUAUUAUAAUUACAUAAAUAAAUAAAUAACACAUUGUAAGCACAUUUGUUAUUCAGCAGUAUAGCAAACAUAUAUUAAAUAGUAUAAUAAAUAAUAAAAAGUUUUAUAAACGUUUUUAGUGGACAAUACAUUUGGUAUAUUAAAAUACAACUUGUAUAUGGUAAUAUUUAUUUUGGUCAUCAGCAUUUCUUAUUCAGCAGUUCUGGAAUGUGCACUAUAAAAAGAUAGUUAUCCUGGAAAACUGCCAGUAAACAAAAUUUGUUAUUCAGCAAGGUUUAUAAAAAGAUAUAUUUAAUAUGUAAAGCCAUAUAAAAUUACAUGUAAAAAAAAAAAAAUGUAAAGCAUAAAAAUCCAUAAAUUGUAGAAGCAUAGAACAGUUACAAAGAUUAUCCUUUUUGCAUUAAGAAAUACCUACAAAAUAAUAUAGAUGUACUGUUGUUUUUAAAUUCAGAGACAUGUAUACUAAAGAAAAUAAUUGAGAGAUUACAUGAAAACUAUAAUCCAUUUGCAUCAAAAUGGAAUUUGGCAUUAACUAUAAUGAGUAAUGUUAAAAGUCAUUAAGAUUUAAACCCAUACCAAUUUGCAUAGCAUUUUUUUUUUUUUGUAAAUAAAAGAGUUAGUUAACAAAUUGCCAUCAAAUUCCCUAUGCUAAAUUUCCCUUUUGGUAUAGAGAUGAAGGCCAGUAUUGGAAGAGACACUGUAAAGCAAUUGCAGUGCAGUUCUGUCUAUGUGUACUUCAUUAUUUUAUUACUAGAAACAAUUCCCAUAUUACUGACUUUCGAUCCCACAUUAUAUGUAUUUUGUACAGAUAUUGCUCUGUCAUUAAUGAAUUACAUUUGGUCUACAAAUACAA